GAAAGAUGACAUUUUAAAACGUCAGGUAGGAAGAAUAGUGUGCAGAUUUGUGAAAGGUGUGGGGUUUGGUUGUGUGUUAAUGCUUUGCAAUUAUUGUAUAUUUUGAAACGAAAUUGACUUUAAAACUGGAUUUUUUUUUCGUUCUUCGUACUGAACUGAGCUGCUUACACUAUUAUACUAUUUUUGUUGGAUGAUCGGCAUUAUAAGCUUAGCAAGAACAGUAGAACACGUUGCCGAUUGUAGAACUCAUUAAUUUUGUCACUAUAUAUUUGGGUUAUUAAAUUAAAAUAUCAUUUAAAAUUUGGAUGAUGAAUUUAUCUUUUGCUGGCUGCGGUUUUCUGGGGAUUUAUCAUGUUGGAGUUGCGAGUUGCUUCAGAGAGUAUGCUCCUCAUCUUUUGGUCACCAAAAUUGCUGGAGCAUCUGUUGGUUCUAUUGCAGCAGCAGCACUGAUCUGUGAUGUAUCCUUAGGCCAAACAACUACAGAUAUUCUCUCUAUUGCUGUGAAAGCACGGUCUCGGACGCUUGGGCCCUUGAAUCCUAGAUUUGAUCUGAAUUCUCUAGUAAAAGAAAAUCUAGAGAAAGCUUUGCCUUUGAAUGCCCAUGAACUUUGCAAUAAUCGUCUGUUUAUUUCUGUUACCAGAUCGUCCGACAAACAGAACGUUUUACUGUCACAGUACGACUCCAGAGAGGAACUUAUUCAGGCUUUAUUAUGCAGCUGUUUCAUACCUCUUUAUUCUGGAAUGACAAUGCCUGUUUUCCGAGGAGUGAAAUAUGUUGAUGGUGGACUGAGUGAUAAUCUUCCAGUACUGGAUGAAAAUACUAUCACAGUUUCUCCUUUUGCUGGAGAACAUGACAUUUGUCCUGAAGAUGAAAGCUGUAAUAUUUUGCAAGUGAAUUUGGCAAAUACAAGCAUAGCAGUUUCACCUAGGAAUAUUUAUCGUUUGUGCAGGAUUUUAUUUCCACCCAAACCAGAAAUUUUGAGUAAGAUGUGCCAGCAGGGAUUUGAUGAUGCCUUAAAAUUUCUGCAGAGAAAAAACCUUAUUGCUUGCACUAGAUGUUUAGGAGUUCAGUCUAGCCUUUCUCUGGCAGAAACAGAAUCCGAGAGUAGUUUUGAUAAGGAUUCUUGUGAAAUAAAGCAGAACCAUGACAAUUGUAGUGAUUGCACGGAAAGACGAAAAGGAGCUCUGAUUGGAAAUCUUCCCGAAUGUGUUGUUGAUGCAAUUCAGCAAGCAGUUGAUCAGAUGAAUAAAGGAAACUGGGUUUUACAACUGCCAGGUGUGAAAUUAUUGAGACUCUUGGGAGCUCCAUAUAUUCUUCCUUUGGAUGUUACUACUGUUAUAUUUUGGAAAGUAUGGCAACAGUUACCAUCUUUCCGAAAAGAAAUUCUAGCUAAGUUUGACACAAUAAUUUCCUUGACAAAAUAUCUCCUUAACAAGAUAGAUAAGAACAGCCAUCUUUAUAGUGCAAAGUUCUCAUGCCAGCUGGCAAUAACAGAAUUUGAUUACACAGAAGAUAAUGUUACAUCAUCAUAUGCACUUCCAACUGUAAAUAGAAAACCUCAUGAAACUUGCAUUAUCAAAACUGAAGAUGAAAAUACACCUAAACGGAAGAUGUCUGUUGUCAUUAAAAAGGUCGAGGAAAACAAUACUCCAAAACGGAAGGUUUCAACUAGAAUGCCUGAUAUAUUAAACAGUCAAAAUCUGGCAAAUGAAAAGAGGCAACAACGAAAGUCAUAUGCAGGCUUCACCAACAGCUCCUUUAAAUCGCCAGUAGAUAAAGUUCGACGGAAAUCUUUGAGUGAAGUAAGCCAACCAGAACGAGUCAUCAAAAACAUGAAAUUUGCUUUUACGGUAGAUCUGGUACCUACAAUAACUAAGAAUGAUAAAAAGACUGAUGUUGUUGAAGCUUUAAAAUCCCUUGGUGAGGAAGAUAAUGAAGUAAACGUUGUUGAUCUAGCUAAUAAGGCACUGAGCAUGGAACGGAAAUAUAUCACUCAGUGUUGCAAUGAAAUUGGUAGUGAUAAAAUAGAAGACUUUGAACAGAUUAUCAAUGCUCCAAAUAGUGAAGCUGUCAUGUCAUAUUAUUAUGUGGAGGACAAAACUGUUAAAAUUACAGAACUAUACAAUGUUACUGAUGCAGACACUAGUAUUGUGCUGCCUGAUGAAGAGAGAAAAAUUAAUGAUGAAUUGCAGUGGGAGAAAGAUUGGAUAAAUGUACCUGCUAUUGAUCCAGCUCAGAAUGUAUCAAUUACAGAUACUUUAGAUGAUGAUGAAUUUGAUACUAGUGAUGUAGAGUAUGAUUUACCCGAGAAUUUACCUUCUAAAGCACUUGGAAAGGAAAAUGUAAACUUAUUAGAUAAGAAUGAGCCAUUCAUUUCUUCAAAACCACAAAGGAAGACCUCUUUUAUCAUAGUAAAUUGAGUUUGUAUUUUGUAGCAUCAUGUGCCAUUCAUUAUAUUUGAGCAGGUCUAAUAUGUUGCCAUGUGGAAUUUUUGGCAUGUUAAACUGUGAAUGUAAAGGUUAUAAAGCUCUAAUCACAGUUACUUAUAAUUAGGGAUAUGAAGAGUUCUGUUUUCAUAGAUGUCUGUUCUGUACAGAAUAACAUGCAGCUUAUUGUUUUGUUAACAUUUCUGUUAGGUACAGAAUUUACUUUUUGAAAAGCUAAAUAAUUUCAUUUUGAUGUUUUAAAUAAUUCCAAUCUUCUAUCUCUUAAAUAAUUUUAGAUUUAAAUAAUAGAGGGAAGAAAAAUCAAAUGCUUUUGUUAAAUACAGUAUGAUAUUGUUACAAGCAUUUUUUAUGAUAUUAAAAUAUAUUUGUUUUAACUGAAGUUCUAGAUUUGAAUUUAAUUUUUCAAAAUUAUUGUGGUGAAAUUUUAAAGAAAGCAUUUUGAUCAUAAAAGAUUAUAUACAACUGAAAGUAUAUCAGAUAAAAUAAUGGGUUAUAUUUUGUUUUUAUCCAUUCAUUUUAUUUAUUUGUUUAACUGCAUAAUAAAAUCAACAUUAAAAACGGACAAACCCUUAUUUUUAAAAUCAUUUAUGAGGAACUGUUCAUUGAGUAUGCAUAUCUACAUUUUUGUGUAUAGGUAUUUACUGUUACUGAGCUGUUUUGUAUUAUAGAGAAAUUUCUGGCUAUGAAGUUAAUGUGUAUUAAUGUACAGUUUCAUGUAUAUCUUUUCAUUUUUCAUUUUUAUUUAUACUUCAUAAUAAUUGUACUGGAAUAUUUAUUCAGUAUUGAGCUAAUACAGAAAAUGCCAGUUAUUAAUUUCAUUUAUUUUUAUCUGCUUUGAAAUAAUAUAUGCCAAAAUUCUUUGUAUUAAAAAACGUAAAUAAAUUAAAUUUUUCAGCUUAUUUCAUUUUCCUGUUUCAAGAAACAUCCAGAAAUAUGUUAGAUAUUACUGAAUGCUUUUUAAUUUUUUGCUGUGCAGCUUUAUAAUCUAUGAACUGGCAUAAUUGAUCUUGUUUUUUCUGUUAUCAAUGUGGUUAGUCACAAGAUUUAGAGCAAUUUAUAUAUGUAUGAAUAUGAUUAUAAUUACAAUUUCAUUUUUCUUGUACAUUAUGAAUUUUUAUAGGCUGAAAAUUAUAAUUUAAAAAUACUUGUUUUGGUGCCAAAAAUUUAAAGUUCUUCAGAAGUUUUUCAUUCUUAAAUGCUGUAGCAAUAAAAUUUGUGUAAAAUAAUAAUGUUGUUUUCAUUUUAUUUAGAGUUGAAUUUGUAACUUGAGCUAUUUCAUUUACAUUUUGUUUUGAAAUAAAUUAAUGAACAAAAUAAUCCUAAAUCAGUUAACAUGGACUGAUAAACUCAUUUCAUAUUCAGUUUUUAAGAAAACUGCUAAUGCUAUAAGCAAAAAUCAUAAUUAGUAAAAAUGUAAUUGAGAAACAUGCUGAAAUUGUAUUAAGAUGCUAAUAAAUAUGAAAAACAUGCUGAAAUUGUAUUAAGAUGCUAAUAAAUAUGAAAAACGUGCUGAAA